AUGGCUUUUCUGUUUGUGUUUGUUGCCAUUGUGUUGUGGGGUUGUGCUGCGGGUAAAGAGUGCACAAACAAUCUUGCUCAAUCACAUACUUUCCGUUUCCAGUUAUUAACAUCCAACAAUGAAACUUGGAAGGCAAAGGUGAUGUCACUUUAUCAUUUGACACCAACGGUAGAUCAUGUUUGGACAGAUUUGCCACCAAGGAAAUUGUUGAAAGAGGAAGACCAACAACAUUGGACUACGAUGAUGUACGAGAAAAUAACAAAAGAGUGUGUGUUGAAGCCACCCCAAGGUUUUCUUAAACAGGUGUCUCUGCAUGAUGUGAGAUUGCAAGAAGGAUCAAUUCAUGCUCAGGCACAACAGACAAACUUGGAGUAUCUGUUGAUGUUAGAUGUGGACAGGUUGCUCUGGAGCUUCAGGAAAACAGCUGGUCUUCCAACACCUGGAAUACCAUAUGGAGGGUGGGAAGAUCCAAAAAUGGAGAUCCGGGGUCAUUUUGUUGGGCACUACCUAAGUGCAUCAGCUCUUAUGUGGGCCAGCACACAUAAUGAUAGCCUGAAGAAGAAAAUGUCAGCUCUUGUUGCCAAUCUCUCUCUGUGUCAGAAGAAAAUAGGCACAGGAUAUCUCUCUGCCUUUCCAUCUGAGUUUUUUGAUCGAUUUGAAGCUACUAAAUAUGUUUGGGCUCCCUAUUACACCAUUCACAAGAUCUUGGCUGGCCUUUUGGAUCAACAUUCUGUAGCUGAAAAUCCUCAAGCUCUAAAUAUGGUGACAUGGAUGGUUGAUUACUUUUACAGCCGAGUGCAGAAUGUUAUAACAAAGUAUAGUAUAAGUAGACACUAUGAAUCACAGAAUGAGGAAACUGGAGGAAUGAAUGAUGUCCUUUACAAACUAUAUAGCAUAACGGGAAAUCCAAAGCAUCUAUUGUUGGCUCACCUUUUUGACAAGCCAUGCUUUCUAGGAUUGCUUGCAAUGAAGGCUAAUGAUAUAGCUGAUUUUCAUGUUAAUACACAUAUCCCAGUGGUUAUAGGAUCUCAGAUGCGCUAUGAAGUCACCGGUGAUCCACUUUAUAAGGAAAUUGGAACAUUCUUUAUGGAUCUUGUUAACUCUUCUCACACAUAUGCAACUGGAGGGACAUCGGUUGAAGAGUUUUGGAGUAAUCCAAAGAGAAUGGCAGACACCCUAAAAACAACGGAGAAUGAGGAAUCAUGCACAACAUAUAAUAUGUUGAAGGUUUCACGCCACUUGUUUAGAUGGACGAAAAAGGUAUCUUAUGCAGAUUAUUAUGAGCGUGCCUUAACAAAUGGUGUGUUAAGCAUUCAAAGAGGAAGAGAACCUGGAGUGAUGCUAUACAUGCUUCCACAGGGUCGUGGGGUUUCCAAAGCUAAAACUAACCUUGGUUGGGGAAACAAAUUUGACAGUUUUUGGUGCUGUUAUGGAACAGGAAUUGAAUCAUUCUCAAAGCUAGGAGAUUCUAUCUAUUUUGAAGAGGAAGGGGGAAAUCCUGCUCUUUACAUCAUCCAGUACAUAUCAAGCUUGUUUAAUUGGAAGUCAGAACAAAUUAUCCUUAAUCAGACAGUUGUUCCUGUUGCUUCAUGGGAUCCUUUCCUACGAGUGUCUUUUACAUUAUCUCCUACCAAGGUGCUUAAAAUUUCUACUUCGUCAACACUCAACUUUCGAAUACCAACUUGGACGCAUAGGGAUGGUGCUAAGGGCAUGUUAAAUAAUGAAACUUUAUCUCUGCCAACUCCAGGAAAUUUUUUAUCAAUCAAGCGAAGAUGGAACGCUGGAGACCAACUGACCCUUCAAUUGCCCAUUCCGCUCAAAACAGAAACUAUAAAAGAUGACAGGUCUAAGUAUGCCUCUGUUAAAGCAAUUCUUUAUGGUCCUUAUCUUCUUGCUGGUCACACCACUGGUGAUUGGGACAUUAAAGCUGGACCUAAUGCAUCUUUGGCAAAUUGGAUUACUCCAAUUUCAGCCAGCUACAAUAGUCAGUUAUUCUAUUUUUCACAAGAUUAUGCAAACUCAACUUUUGUCUUAACAAACUCAAACCAAUCAUUUACAAUGAAAAAUUUGCCCAAGCUUGGAAGUAAUUUGGCUCUCCAUGCAACUUUUAGAGUUAUCCAAAGAGAAUCAUCUUCAAAAUUCUCAACAUUAACAUAUGCUAUUGGUAAAACAGUGAUGUUAGAGCCAUUUGACCAUCCAGGAAUGAGAGUGAUUCACCAGGGAACAGAAAAUCCUCUUAGCAUUGUAGAUUCAUCAUCUGAUGGGUCUUCUGAUUUUCUUCUUGUGCCAGGAUUAGAUGGAAGAAAAGAAACCAUAUCUUUAGAGUCCAAAAGUCAGAAUGGUUGCUUCGUCCAUAGUGGUAUUCACAUUGGCAGAGGAGUGAAACUUAGUUGCAAGUCUAAUUCUGAUGCUACAUUUAAACAUUCAACAAGUUUUAUUGCAAGGAGAGGAUUAACUGAAUAUAAUCCAAUCAGUUUUGUGGCCAGAGGGGUAAACAAGAAUUUUCUUCUACAGUCAUUAUUUGCCUUUAGAGAUGAGCCCUAUACGGUUUAUUUCAACAUCAAGGAUUGA